CACAUUUGUAAUUUAAAGAUCAGGAACGUUUGUCACAUUAAAAAUCAGUAAAACAAAAAUUGUCAUUUGAAAAUCAGAGUACAAAGGUCUGCAUAAAGGCACAGGUGAACCAAACAUGAAUCCUCACUCAAACGUUGUUAUUGUUCUGCGUGAGACACUCCUAGAGACAGAAAUUACAGAUUUGAAGCCUACUAAAACAUUUUAAUCAGCACUGCUGUGUCACACUGUCCAGUGUGUUCACCUGCUGCCACUGGAAAAGACAUCCCAGAAUAAUAUUACUACGUGCCGGCAGUGAAAUGGUGGAGAUUUAUUUCGUAGACCCGCCCCUAGCCUGCCUCUGAUUAGGUAACGGAGAGCAGAGCCAAUCAUUUCGUUUGAGGACAAGCAGAGUCAAUAUAGGGGCGGAUCUUCGUCCAUCAUUGGUGGAGGCGGGGUUAAAACAACAACAACAACAACAGAAAACCCCAACAACAUUGACGACUGUACGCUUGCUCCCGCGAGAUCUUGUUCCAAGUCUUUGGAGGGGCGUUGUCAUGGAUACAAAAGCGUCGCACUCAAUGGGGGAAGCUGCAACACUUUCUUCAACUGCUGUACAAAAUGAGGCAGCGCCAAAGCAUUUGUUUCUUUGUACACGGAAUGUGCGUGGAUACAUGACAGCCCCACAGGUCUAAAUCACAGAUCAUGGAUCACCAGGAUGAGCUAAAUGACCUGCGGCUUCAGUUUCAAACUCUACAAAAGCAGCAGGAGGAAAGAAAACUGGAGAGAAAAAAGAAGAAAGAACCAGAUCCCCCUGAUGCCAGUGUUACACCCGAUAAUUUGGAUCUAUUGAAACAAGGCAUCCAGGCACAUGACCUGCCUUCAAAUGACAGACACUUACAGAAUGAGAAUCAGAAUUUGCUAGAUCAGCUGAGAGAGCUGAAAGAUGAACAUGGCCGGCUCUUCAAACUUCUGGGUGAAAAGGAUUUUGAAAUUAAUCACCUAAAGAAAACAAGGGAGGAAGAAAGACUGGCUUUCACAGGGACAUCAAGCUUGGCCGGGGACGUGGCAGCCACCAAGAUUGUCGAGCUGUCCAAGAAGAACAGAGAGCUAACGGCUGAAGUUGAGCGAGAGAGGACUAAGUCAAAGCAGAGAAGCAACAGGAUCAAAGAGCUUGAAAAAGAGCUGCAGUCUGCCUUGGCCCAGUGUCCGACUGGACAACAGAUGGACACAAAGUCACACAAUGAAAAGAAGAUACUCGAUGACUGUGAGCAGGAAAACCCAGCAGUGAAAUCCCUUCAGGAAAAAUUAGCUGCUACACAACUGAAGGUGGCUGAGUAUCGCAACCAGGUUCAAGCUGUCAAACAGGAGCUCAAAGUAGCUCAGAAGGUUUUGAUCAGUGAGGUUGGAGAGGAGGUCAACCUUCAGCAUUUACAAAGCUGCCCAGGAAACUUUAGAGGUCGCUCUCAACAGAUACUGGCUCUUCAGACGAGGGUGCGAGAUCUUGAGCAGCAGCUGAACCAGUCAACACAGAGGAGACAGCCAAGUGUCCUGAGUGUAGAGGAGGAGUUUCUGGGCAUGAGCGUUCUUCAGAGAACCCCUCCUCAAGACAGGAACCUCAGCUACAUCCGCACCAUGGAGAAGGAGAAGAAGGAGGCGUUUGAGAGGAUCUCAGUGGACUACGCAGCCCUGCAUAAAGACUACGAAGAGGUGAAGAAAAAGCUGGAAGCCGUUAAAGCCAGGAACAAAUCUCUGUCUGCUGAACUGAAAACUCUUAAGUUCCAGAUUUCCACCCUGCUGGAGAAGGGAAAACAUGACGAUGAGCUUGUGGAUGCUCUGCUGAAGCAGCAGACCCAGAUGCAGGAGGUGCUGAGACAGCUCAGCCAACAGCAGAAGGAUCAAGGCAAAGCGAUCCAGCCGAGUCAGAGACAACAGCUGAGCAGCGAGCCUGCCGAGCACAACGCUCUCGUCCACAAGCUUAAGCAGACGGUUGCUGAGAAAGAGACAAAGAUUAAAGAACUAAUAGAGGAAAUCCAGCAACUCUCCACCACGGAAGAGGGCAAUGGAGGACAGUCCAGCAUCAGGUCAAAUCGCAGUUCAGGUUUUUCCCCUGAAGAGGGAGACAUUCACAAGCGAAUAACAUCUUCAGGUUCACUUAAUAAAUACGGUCAUAAACUGGUGCUGCCUACUGUGAAAAACAGCAUCGAAUUAAAGGGUUCAGGUCCUUCAAAAUGUCCACAAUGUUCAGCUGAUGUGAGUGCACUCAUGACUCAGAGUUAUGAAUACAAAGUCCUUUGUGUGGAGAAGGACAGACUUCUUGAGCUGGUGAAUGUCCUACAAAUAAGUGAUAAAGAGGUAAACCAGAGGUGUUUGGACGCAGAGCACAAGUAUCAGGAGGAGCGCCGCAAGACAGUAAUCCUGGAGCAGCAGCUGGAGAGGACUAAAUUAGAUUAGAAGUGAAGGCCGUGCAAACAGCAGGGCUCACUUACAGCAGCGUGUGACAGUGUCGAGCUGAUUUUUGUUGAAUUUUUGCUCAUUUUGUUUAUCAAUGCUCACCGGUUGCUCUCUUGGCUGUCACCUCUGUCCCUCAGGAGCGGUGUCCCCCCUGCAAAUGGAUGACAGGACUGCGUAAAGCAUUCACACACAGACAAACUAAAAUUGACUGCGCAUCAAUUUGAUUGGCAUCUGUGCCGCAUACGCUCCUGCCUGGUAUACGGUCAUCCCAACCCUCAUGUUUGGGCGGCACAAAUAUGUUCACAUUGCACGACAGAGGCCAUGAAAGUGCCAAGGGCAUCACCGAAGAGCACACUCCACAAGGACCUGUAGCUCUGAAGUGACGUGAUGAGACAAGUCAAGCAUGUAUUCCUGCAGGCUCUGUGACGGCGGAGACAAGACACUAACCAGAGAAACUGGCUGAUCCCUGCUCAACCUCACGUCCAGCUGAGCCCCACCUUCUCCCGUCACAUGUGUCCAACAGCAGCCUUAUGGGAAACAGACUCUUCUGUUAUGCCGCACAAGCGUCACACAGAGCCUCUUCUUCUAUAUUGGAGCUGUCAAUGACGGUCCGUGAUGCUCCCUUUGUGCAUUCAGGUGACCUCACUUAAACCAUUUAAGAAUCCUGAGUAGCAGUUUUCAACUUAACCUUAAUGGCAUCAGACAAGUGGUCUCACCCAUUACAGAAAUGUCUGGUGCUGAUAGGAUGUUUCCCCAUGGUUUCAUAUUUUGUCAGUUUACAGUUUUAUUAAUGUCACUGUCACAUUUUAUUAAAUCAGUGUAUGUUUU